CCACGCGAAGUCGCGUCGCGCUGUCGCGAGUCUGUAGCCGGUUGGAGCGAAUUCGUAAUCAAGUUUAAACAAUCGUUAGUGCAAAGUGCAUCGAUAGUGAGACACCGUGGGAGAGUGCAUUCGGAACAAUGAUAUAUAACCUCUUGUAAUUGCAUAACUUUCUUCUCGUUUUUCACUAAAUAACUUAACUAAAGGAAAAACAUUCAUUAAGUGCUGAAUUUAGUGUUGUUCACCUUUGGUGCACGUGUUUCAGUCAAAUUUGGGUGCAAUAAAUUCAGUGUGCGUUCAACUGAACUUGACUAAAAAAAUACAGUGGCUUAAAUUAGAAUCAGUGUAAACUUUCCAAAGAGACAAUCAAAAAAUUGUUUAAACAUUCUUCAUCAAAUUCUAAUGACAAACUGUGUACCAUUAGUGACUCAGCGUGUUAAGUGACACGAUAAUUGUGGUAUUCGAAGGGUAAUUUCGUUAUCAGAAGGCUGAGCCUUCCCGGGAGUAUUUAGUUUGAGUACUGCGUGAGGACAUCGGCAGCAAUGAAAAUUCGAGAGAGGUCAAUCAACGCAACAAUUCCUGCCUGCGAUGCAGCAUAACAUGCGGCCGCCGCGCCGGCAGCCACCCCCAAUCGCCACCGAGCCCAGGCGAAGAAGCAGGCCACCAGACCGACACAAAAAAACUCUAUAAACCCCUAGUCCUAACCAAAGCUGCGCUGUGAUAUUGGCCACUAUUCGAAACUGUGAUUUAAAGCCACAAACCCUCAACCAUUAAAAGAAGCUGUGAUUUCAUUAGUGACAGAAACGCUCACCUCGAUUUGCCAAUAAAGGUCAAAGAAAUUAUAGAAUUGUUUUUAGCGAAAACGCUAAAGGCUGCGAAAUCACAUCCGCGUGAAAAACCGGAUCAUCUCUUUAGCUUCGAAGUAGACGGUUAAUUAAAAUGGCAGUUCAUGUCCUUUUAGCAUCCACAGCGCUGAAAACAAUCAGUGUUACUGGACUAUGGUUGAUACCGCUCCUGCUUGGGGCGCUUACAUAUCAUAAUUAUAAUUCUUAUGAUCCAGAAGCGAAGGUUCUGGACAAAGAACCGCGGAUGGAAUAUGACUUUAUCGUGGUCGGUGGAGGAUCUGCUGGUGCCGUAGUCGCGAACCGCUUGACUGAAGUCAAGAACUGGAACGUGUUGCUUCUUGAAAGUGGACCAGACGAGAACGAGAUCACAGACGUCCCUUCGCUAGCUGGGUACUUACAGUUGACGAAGCUCGACUGGCAAUACAAGACCGAGCCCACCAACUAUGCUUGCCUUGGCUUCAAGAAAAAACGCUGCAGUUGGCCUAGAGGAAAGGUGCUCGGCGGUUCCAGUGUACUCAACUAUAUGAUCUACGUUCGAGGCAACAGACACGACUUCGAUCAAUGGGAGUCAAUGGGCAAUCCUGGGUGGAAUUACAAAGAAGUUCUCAAAUAUUUCAUCAAGUCCGAAGAUAAUCGGAAUCCUUACUUAGCCCGAAGUAAAUACCACGGAAGAGGAGGAUACUUAACCGUCCAAGAAGCUCCGUGGAGAACGCCCCUAGUAGCUGCGUUCGUAGAAGCAGGAGUCGAAAUUGGAUAUGAAAACAGAGACAUAAACGGAGCCAUUCAAACUGGCUUCAUGAUAGCCCAAGGAACUAUAAGAAGAGGAACCCGUUGCAGUACAGCGAAGGCUUUUCUAAGACCUGUGAGGACGAGAAUGAAUCUUGACGUGUCUUUAAAUACUCAAGCCACAAGGGUUCUAAUAAACCCUAUAACAAUGAAAGCUUAUGGAGUAGAAUUUGUCAAGCAAGGGGUAAAAAGAGUUGUAUAUGCAAGAAAAGAGGUAAUUCUUUCUGCUGGCGCAAUUAACAGUCCUCAGUUAUUAAUGUUAUCGGGCAUAGGACCGAAAGAUCAUUUACGAGAUGUUGGAAUUAAGGUCUUAAAAGAUUUACCAGUUGGCGAAAACUUGCAAGACCAUGUUGGUGUUGGGGGAUUGACGUUUCUAGUCGACAAACCCGUUGCGAUCGUCCAAAACCGUUUCCAAGCAUUCCCUGUCACAAUGAAUUAUGUAAUAAACGAACGAGGCCCAAUGACGACUCUUGGAGGUCUCGAAGGCGUUGCCUUUGUUAAUACUAAGUACGCAAAUAGCUCUGGGUUAUGGCCAGAUAUACAAUUUCACAUGGCACCAGCUUCAUUUUCAGCUGACAACGGUCAAGUUGUUCGAAAAAUUUUAGGCUUGACCGAUGAAUUAUACAACACAGUAUACAAGCCCAUAGCGAAUAAAGACGCGUGGACUAUUAUGCCUCUUUUAUUGCGACCAAAUACAAGAGGAUACGUAAGACUGCGUAGUUCUAAUCCAUUCCAUUACCCAAUAAUGAAUCCUCGAUACCAUGAGGAUUCUUUGGACGUCGCUCGAUUAGUCGAAGGCAUCAAGAUUGCUGUGAAAGUAGCGAAUGCGUCUCCGUUCAAACAAUUUGGAUCGAGAUUAUACAUGAAGCCUUUACCGAAUUGUAAGCAACACAAGUUCAUGUCUGACGAGUAUAUUGAGUGCCAAGUGAGGACUAUAUCUAUGACUAUAUACCACCAAAGUGGGACAACAAAAAUGGGGCCUUCUUGGGACCCUGAAGCCGUCGUAGAUCCUAGGUUAAGGGUGCAUGGUAUAGAAGGACUGAGAGUAAUAGAUGCUAGUAUAAUGCCGACGAUAGUGAGCGGUAACACGAACGCAGCUGUCAUAAUGAUUGGUGAGAAAGGUUCGGACUUGAUAAAACAAGACUGGUUGAAUCGGUGAUGGUGAUAUUUAAGAGCGCGGUUAACAACAUAAAGCUUUCUAGCUUAUCUAUUAUAUAUUACGCAAACUCUAGCAGUUUCAUUAAAUUUAUUAGCGCCCAUAAUGUAUAGGAAUUAUUAUACGCCUAGUGUUUUAGAUAUGUUCAAAGAACCAUUUGUUAUAUUACACGCUGCUGCUACUGCUAGCUGUACCUGGCCUGAGUUGCAAUGUCACUUAGCAACUUUAAUUUACUGGCCGACAAUCCUAAAAUGGUUCUAAUACUUUCAAAACUAUUGCGAGGGUGGACAUAACAACGAGUUUCAUCGCAAUCGGAUGAAUAAUAAAUGAACGUAUGGGGGAUAAACAGAAAUAUUCCUUUCAAUAUACACAGAAACCUAAAAUAUCAACGGAGUUCGGGCACUAACGCAAAAUGAGCAAGAUCAAAGGAAAUGUACUACUAACAAUGUAAAAUUACGAACGAAACAGUGAAUACAAUGACCAUAAUAAAGAACCAAGCGCCGAAAACAAGUACAUUUAAAUUUAGAAUUUCAAUUUUAAACUAAACUGCUAAAAAGACUAAAAUCAUGAAAUAUGUACAAAAGAACUGCUGCGAAUCGCUACAAAUAUGUUGUUAAUCGUGCUUCUUUAUUAAUAACAUGUUACCAAUACUUGUUUCGUUUAUAGUUAAGCAGUUUUUACUUCGUCUACUAAAAUAAAAAAAACCUAUUAUCUACCAAAACUCCGAAACAAAACAUUACACACCCUUGAUAUAAUAAAGUGUAUUAAUCAUAGAUACGUCAAAAGUACUUUAAUGAUAUGAAAGUCAUAUAAUAGGAACUAUAUAAAACAAAUUCAGUACUUAUUUUUUAAUUUCAUAACUUUCUUAUUUCAGCAUAAAAAAGUUAAUGGCGAAUAGCGUAAAUAGAAUCUUUUAACCCCUAAAAAGUUAUCAAUUUGCAGAUGUGGCUUUAUUACACCAAAGGGCGCGUAUGUAGUUGAUUCACUCUAAACGCCUGCGUGAAUGGCAUCAGCAAAGUAUUGGUUUGACAAAACUAUCUUUAAUAAUAUAGUUGGUACAUUAAACAUUGGGAUUUUAUCUACUAUAUUACUACACUUGUAAAUACUAAUUAUAAGUAGACUGUUCUUGUACCUUAGUUCUUAUUUAUUUGAUUUUGUGUUACCUUUUAGUCGCUCCAAGUACAUGUCAAAUAAAUAGUUUUACCUGUUUACUGUAAGUUGAAGAUAGGGAGUUCUGUCUAGUGUUGGGCAGCGAUUCGAAAAAUUUUAUAUUACAUAAAUUGUUCAGAAAAAUUCUAACAUAGGAGAAAAUUUGAAAAAAUAUUGAGAAAUUUUUUUCUAUACCGUCGCCUACGCUUACGCGUUUCACAUAGUUCGUUUUUACUCAUUUUUGUUGAUGAAAAACUUAUAAACUUCUUGCUCAAAUAUAUUAUUAAAGUAUUACAGUAUUUGAAAGAGGUAUAAUUUAACUAUUUAAAAAUGCUAACUACGUACAUUAUUGCGUUUACUACAUUUUACACCACAUUUUUAUCUUAGUCCUGAAAAAUUACAUACAAAUCACAUAAGUGGUAUUCACUCUCAAGGCGAUGAUAUGGAUAUUUUUCCAUAUGACCCAACACUAGAUCUAUCAUAGUUAGUGCCAUAUUUAUAUUUUGCUAGUGUUGUUAUUGUCAUUCGUACCUUAAUCUCACCGUCAUGAGGCAUUAUUAUGUUCACUAUUUCUAGUUCUAUUCUAAUUGUCAAAAAAUUAAUACUUACACAUAAAAUUAGAAGAUUUGAUUUCUGAUUUAUCUUUAUACUUUUUCAUUACAGAGUUUUUUCUGAAAGCCAAUUUUAUUUGAAGGCCACCACAUACGGGACGAUGUGUCUUCACGAUCCGUCGUUUGGUACCGAUCGACGAUCAACUUGAACGCCAGGGUAGUAGCGACGGAUCAAUAUGAUUAUCGUGACGAUCGAAACUAGGAGUCGUGUGUAUAUGGGGGCCUUAAAACACUAAUAGAUUGCUAUAACAAUACAUUUAAAUAAAGGACCUUAUUUCGAAGUAUAGGGGAGUAGCGACGUAUGGAUAUGAUUAUCGUGACAAUCGAAACAAGGACUCGUGUGUAUAUGGGGACAUUAAAGCACUGAUAGGUUGCUAUAACAACAAAUUUCAAUAAAGGACUUUAUUCGCAUUUAUACUGAAGUUGCACUUAAUUUUACGUUGAUAUCCUAAAACCCUAUAGUUGUAAUAAGGUCACGUUUCGGAAUUGUUGUGUUCUUGGUUAAUACAAUAAUUAUAACAUCUCUCCGUGUACAAUAAAACACCUAUAUGUGUAUAGUGUGAUGCCCUAUUGUUAUUUCUAAUUCUUCCGACAUUGUUCUGCUUGUGACCUGAAUUUCAUGUCCAUGUGUAUAUAUAGACAAACUGGACGCCUACGAUAAAGCUUGGGUCCAGUUAACUCAAGACCGGGAUGCGUGGAGGGAUCAGGGGGAGGCCUUUGCUCAGCAGUGGGAUACAUCUAAUCUAAUAGGCUAAUCGUAAUUGUGUAUAUGUAUCACAUACUAGCUGUACAUGGACAAAAACUGUUUGUAUUCCAGCUCUGCAAAAGAUGGCCUUACUUUUAUCCAUUUAUCCAUCACGCGUUCUUGAGACAUACGGUGUUCCUAACGAUUUUGAUAAUUUUUACUUUUUUGUCUUUUAAUUCAUUUUAUAAAUGAAUAAAAUCUAAUAUAUUUUUUAAACGGUGUAUGAAAACACAGCAGCGCGUUAGAAACACUGAGUGGCUUUCGAUCACUACAAUGCCAAAAUACAAAUGACGGAUUAAGGAAGAUCCGUGCUCUGCAGUGGAAUUUAAGACUUCAGAAACUUUUUUGAAAGUUUAAAUAAAAUAGAGCGCACACGGAACAAACAUAUAAGCAACAUUCAUUUUUAAAUAUGUGUAUAAACAAUCCUAAUUAUAUUAACAUUCGAGUAUUUUCCAUCUCAU